AAUAUUUAGUUUGAUGCAAAAUAAAAUAUUAAGUUUGCUAGUUACUGUAUGUAUUUAGCUUAGUGCUAAAUAUUUAGCACUAAGCUAGCACUAUUUUUAUUUUUAUUUAGCACUAUCCUGUUUCUACCUAAACAGCCCAAAUUACUGCUGUUGCUUUUUAGUAAAGUAAUUUUAUUUAUAUAGCACAUUUUCAUCAACAAGGCAGGUCAACGUUCUUUACAUGAAUUAAAAGGAAAUACAAACAAAACAACAAAACCAAAAGAAAGACAAAGGUAGAAGUACAAUACUAAAUAUUAGUUUCCCAUGUUUAAUAAGAAUAAGACUAAGUAUAGUCCAUAAUUUAUAAACUAAUAGGGGUUUCUAUUCCUGGAUGAGAGAGGUGUAAAGCUAAAUGUUGGCUAAGGAUAAAAUUAAAUGUUGGUUCAGUUCCAGUUGUUGUGGGUUGAGUUCUAGAUUUGUAUAAAGGUAAAUGUUGGUUCUCCAUGUUUGACUCUUGUUCUGGGUUGCUAAGUAAGCUAACAGGUGUUUCUCCAGGUCUUGAGCAAGUAUCAAAAGUAUAAAGCUAAAUGUUGUUCUAAAGUAAUGAGUACUCCACAAUUCAUAAAAGUAAAGAAUAAGUAAAAUGAAAUGGCAACAUCAGGAAGGAUAUGGCACAUAUAGCGAGAUAAGGCACAGACAUGGAGGCAGCGACAGGUAGGAAACAAUAACUGAGAGUGUCUGCUGUGUAUGUAUAUGUCCAUGAGCCUGUACGAGCUAGCUCUCCCAGCAGUCUCUGUUAUGAUGGUCUUAUCUAAGAGCAAGUCCUUGGGAGCGCUCAAGUCGCACAUAUGUCUUCAGAAAGGAGUGGGAUGGGCAGGAGCAUCAUGUUUACGUUUCUUCCAGGAGAUUUGAGAUAGCCAUCCAGCCAAGGCUAACACAGGGGAGCCAGUUCAGAUACAGACAAUAUGCUUUAGGUCAGGUAGAUUUUAAAUUUCAAUCUACCCUAAAGUCUCACCGAUGCAUUUCUGUUUAUUCUAAUCCAAAUUAGUGUGGUCGUUCCUGCCAGACUGAAACUAGCAACUUCUUCAACAUCGAUUUCAUCCCGCUAGUGAGUUUUAGGGUCAUCAGCUAUGCUGCGAUUCGCAAGUUGCGAAUCCAAUUUGCGCCUCUGUCCCACAGCAUGGUGGGCAGGGAGGUAGCGGAGGGAAAAGCGUCCGUCUUCAGCUUAAGACAUAACUUGCAUCUUAUCUCAGACAUUAACUGGGUUUUCUGGUGCUGCUCAGAUUAAAUGCUGUGACUUUAAAUCCAGAUUAUUCCAGUGAGUCGUUGCUUGUGUCUGAGGUCCAAUCAGAACCCGCUGCAGAACCACAUGAGGGUCCGGCUACCCAUGACCAAUGAGCAGGAAGAACGGCCAGCUGGAGGGUCGCCUUGACGACCUCCUGUCACGCAUCGCCAUGGAAACACAGGAGAUCAAAGAGCUGGAGCAACAGCUGACCAGCAAUCAGAUUCUGGCCAACGAAGCGCUGCAGAGGGAUCUGCAGGAGGCAACUAAUGGACUACAGGAGUACCUGAGAGGGCUGAGGCAGCAGUCCCGGCGCUCUCAGCAGCAGGUCCAUGUUCUUCAGGCGGAAAACCGGAGCCUGCGGCGCCUCUUGCAGGACUCCCACAGACACUGCAGGAUGGUGCAGGACCCUCAGGAGGAGCUGUCUGCGCUGUGGACGGAGGUUCAGGCUCUGAGGGUCCGACAGGCGGAGCUGGAGGCGGAGCUUUGGCAGCUGAGGGCGGAGCCAGACCACCAGGUCCAACUGGACCAGUUUUACCCGACCCGGAUCCAGCUGGAGCGGCUUACCCACAGUCUACCAGAACCAGAGAACCAGACGGAACCACAGGAUGGAGCCAGUUCUAGAGACUCUCUGAGCGCCGAGCGGCUCCACGGGUCGGCCCACCAGAACCGGACCGGCAGGCAGGAGGUCCGACCGGGCCAGAACCAGACAGUAGAGCAGAACCUGGCUCCCAGUCUGGCCUCUCAAGGGACUCAGGACUCUGGUUUGGAGCUGCAGUACCUCAGUUCUCCUGACAGGGGGCGACAUCAGGAAGAACUUCCUUCAGGAGGACGAAUUCGUCCAGCAGCCCAUGACCCGACUGAAGUUGUCUCUGCUGGGACUUCCCAGGGUUCUCCAGCAGGGGGCAGGAUGUCAAGGCGCAGAGAUAAGGGAGGCAGAUGUGUGUCAGACUGCCUGGAAGAGAAGAAGAUGCAACGGUCCCUGCAGCGACACAGGAGUGUGCUGCAGGUGUGUGAUGAGCUGGUGUGUUUGGAGGGAACUCUGCUGCAGAGACGGGCAGAGCUUCGCCAGGCCGACCGGCUGCUGCUGGAGGCUCAGAGCUGCCGCCGGAUGGCCAGGAGAGACGCUGACUCGCUGCAGCACCAACUGGACGACAGCGCCACCUGUCUGCUGGAGGCCACAGGGCACCUCAGGGAGCUGCAGGAGGGGGCAGAGCUACUGAGGAGGAAGAGGGAGGAAGAGGAGCGGCAACUCAGGAAGAUGGAGGAAGAGCUGAGGAGCCGACAGGAGGAGCUGCAGCAGCUGGAGUCAAAGGUCACCAGAGCUGCACAUAGACUAGCUGAUCUGCUGUCAGACUGUAGGGAGGCUCAGGAGCGCCUGGACUCUCUCACCUGUCAGGAGCAGCGCAGCGUCUGGCUGCCAGGGGGCAGCAGAGAGCUGGAGGACCGGAGGAGACGCACUGACAGGUCUGGGACCAGAACUCCUGUCCGCCCUUCAUCAUCUAAGGGGGUGGAGCUACAGAAGAAGGUGGAGCCAGUGGAGGGCAGGAAGUCACUAAAGGAGCUACAAAAGGUCAUCAGCGUUAGAGGGAGGAGCCACAUGGAAGAGGCGGGGUUAUAAAUGACUGACAAAGAGGA